CAACAUUCAUCUGCGGCGUCCUUGGACACCGCAUUGAUGUCAACAACUCUAUCACGUGAUUUCGCACAAUAAUGAGCAGCAGUGGAAGUAGCAAAGAGUACGACGUCGUGGUGGUUGGCUCGUGCAUGACUGAUUUAGUUAGUUAUGUUCCUCGUCUGCCCAAGCCGGGAGAGACAAUUCACGGUACUCGCUUUAGUAUUGGCUUUGGAGGCAAGGGAGCAAACCAGUGUGUAAUGGCGGCCAGGAUGGGAGCGAAGACGGCAAUGGUAGCAAAGGUAGGAAACGACUCGUUUGGCCAUAGGACGGUAGAAAACUUGAAAGACAACGGAGUUGAUGCAAGCUGUGUUGGUGUCGUUGAUGGAUUGUCAUCAGGAGUUGCCCCUAUAGCUGUUGAUGAAAAGGGAGAGAAUGCGAUUAUUAUUGUGAGUGGGGCAAAUAGUGACCUCAGUCCAAGUGAUGUUCGUACUGCUACCUCUAUUAUUAAGUCAGCAGCUGUAGUUGUAUGUCAACUUGAAGUGCCAUCUGAGACUAGCCUUGCUGCAUUAGAAAUGGGACGUCAGAGUGGUGCAAUAACCAUCCUGAACCCAGCACCGGCUCAGCCUGAACUAGAUCAUCUUCUUAGCUGUUGUGAAAUUGUUUGUCCUAAUGAAACAGAAGCAGAGAUUUUAACUGGUUAUGCCGUGAAGACUAUUGCAGAUGCAAGUCAUGCAGUCAGACUACUACUUAGUCGAGGAUGCGAGAAGGUAGUCUUAACGAUGGGAAGCCAAGGUGCUGUUUAUGGAAGUAAAGAGUGUUCAGAGCCAUGCCACGUGUCAGCAGAAUCAGUUACUCCAGUUGACACGACUGGAGCAGGAGAUGCUUUUGUUGGCAGUCUGGCUUACUAUCUUGCAAAGCUACCAAACUUGUCAUUUCAUGAAAUAGUCUGUAGGUCCUGUAAAGUAGCUGCUCUUUCAGUUCAGAAACCGGGAACUCAAACGAGCUUUCCAUUUAGAAAGGAUAUGGUAGAUUCAUUGUUUGCAAUGUAAUCAUUUAGACUCGUUUGUUCAGUACAUUCAUUUGAUACAACUAUCAGAGUUUUAACAAUUCCAUUUUCAAUGCGAUUAUUUAACGGCAACCAACAGCAAUAGUCUGUGCAUGCAACUAACCGACC